AUGCCACUUCAUAGACCCAAAAAGUUCUGGCAUCGCUUCCAUAGAUACUCAGGUGGUCGGCAUUGGAGCCAUAGAAGAUGGAGUGAUUUGAAAAGGGGAAAUUUUAGUGUUGAUAAAAUCCAUAACCCUAAAGCAUUAGCGCCUUUAGAGUUCAUUAGGCCUGAAGUAUACGGAGAUAAAUAUGUUUUAGACCUUUUGGAGUGCCUUGAUGAUAAGGAAUUGGCCAAUGUAAAUAAAGCAGUAGCAAAAUACGGUAAGGAUUACCCGCUAUCAUCACCAGAAUUACAAGUGAUAGUUGCGAUUCAAAUUGAUAAAAGACGUGAAAAGGUACAACAACCAGAAGCCUGUGUGGUCAGAAAUGAAUUGGCCCAAUCAGAUUCAGAAAUACAUUUGGAUGUGAUUUCCAAACUAUCUGAACCAGUGAACUCAUUCCAUGCUUCUGCUGAUGAAGAUGAAGAUGGUUUUUUGUGGUGGCCCAUGCAGAAUCUGCAUGCUAUAUCAACAGAUGGAUUGCUUCGAUUCCAGAGAUUACGAGAGCAAAUGAGACAAGCACAAAAAUUCAUAGAAGACUAUCAACGUAGUCAACUUUCUGAUGAUUAUGUUUAUCAGCCUUCUGCUCAUGGGACUCUCUAUGCGUUUGCAAUGACCGUAGCUGAAUGUGACCUGCUACUUGAACACGCUGAACCUUCAAUGUCGUUGCAGGUGAAGCACGUAUUGGCACAAAUGAUAGAGAUUGUGGAUCGGUUAACUGGGUCUCUGUCUUUAUCCAAGAUCUCUCAGAUCUCACCUAAAAUCAGUAGACUGAUUCUUGCCACACUUUGCCAGAGACAAAUACUGGGAUCUUCAUCUCAUAAGAGGGAUACCUUCUCAAGGGCGUUUCCACUGGUACAACAAACGAGUACUGUUUACACCAACAAUACCAAUAUUUCCGAAUUCGGUGUUCAUGUUGAUCUCCCUGAAACCCACGCAACAUCGCCUUUCAUUGAUGCAACUAUUGUGCUAUACGAUGAUAAUGAGAUCAAUUGCUUUAAUGAGGAGCCAAACAACAAUAACAUCACACAUCUAAAGUAUCUUGAAGAUAUUGAAGAGAUAGAAAGUCGACUUUAUGCACUCAAGUUCCAACUUGAUUACGAAGUGAAAAAUCUUGUAAAGUUAGAAAGAGAAAGGACUCGAAGUGAUUUGGCCAAACAAAAGAUGAUAGAGUCAAUAGAUACUUUAGAGGAGUCGAUAGCGAAGGCCUUGUCGUACAAAGAACAAUUGUUGAGAUUAGAGAUAAACUUUGCUAGUUUUAUUGGCCAUCCUACAAGUUGCAAUAAUAGUAACUCGAUAAUCCCCCAAGCACUCAUUGACGAAGUCCAAGGCUUUACUGAAAGAUUAAAAGCGUCUACAUCUUAA